UUCGGUCUGUCAGUCAGUGAAGGGUUAAUAUGGGAGUUUGCAGCAGUCUCUCCUUUCUGUGUCCACGGCAUUCAGCGGAAAACAUCUGACUCCUGCUCGGUUUGUGAGGCUGUGUUUGGUUUUUACUCAUUUUGUGCCCGAGCCGCGGAGGCAUCACGGGAACAAAAAUCAGUGUUUCGACUGCAGAACUUCAACAUCUUACUGCGCGCUUCCAACACAGCAUUCACAGACUCUUUACGCCGGUGUUGUCGGCAGUGUAGCCUCUGGAAGAGGACCUAAAGACACAUAAGAAGAAAAGCAUGUGUGGGUGUUGAGAGUCAUCUGUUCGGUUGACCUCGCUGCCCUCUGAACACGGAGCUGCCGUCUGUUUUACCUCCCUGACCGUCCGCCUGUCCCAGUGAGGCUCACUCCACAACAUGUCUGCAGAGGUGGAGACCAGCGCCCCGGUCUCUGCUGAUCCCAGUGCAGCAUCCCCGACUGCAGCCACGACCCCUCCGGCGUCCCCUGCAACCGCUGCAUCCAGAGUCCCGUUUAAGAAAGAGAAGAAGAAAGUGCCAGAGAAGACAGAUGAGUACCUGCUGGGCAGGUUCCAAGGGGAUGGGGUGAGGUACAAAGCGAAGCUGAUUGGCGUGGAUGAUGUCUCAGAGGCCCGAGGAGACAAGAUGUGCCAGGACUCCAUGAUGAAAAUGAAGGGUAUGGCCGUAGCCGCUCGAUCUCAGGGCAAACACAAACAGAGGAUCUGGGUCAACAUAUCCAUGUCAGGAAUCAAGAUCAUCGAUGAGAGAUCAGGGGUGAUUGAACACGAGCAUGUGGUGAAUAAGAUCUCUUUCAUCGCCAGAGAUGUCACAGAUAACAGGGCGUUUGGGUAUGUGUGUGGAGCAGAAGGACAGCACCAGUUUUUCGCCAUCAAGACUGCACAGCAGGCAGAGCCUCUGGUCAUUGAUUUGAAAGAUCUGUUCCAGGUCAUCUUCAACAUAAGGAAGAAAGAGGCAGAUGCUUCACAGAAGGGAGAAAAUGGCAGCGCUGUAGUUGAGAAUGGAAGCGACGCCUUGCUAAGUAUGGAUGAAGUCAAAACUGCUCAACCAGUGGAGCAGCUCAACCUUUUUGGAGACAUUACGACCCCUCCAGACAUCCGGGCACCGAAUGACUCUAAUGAUAUUCUCUUGCUGGACUUUUCCGCUGAGGUUGACAGCAAUCAGAAUUGCAUAAAGGGAAACUCCUUUGUCACUUCCUGCGCCCCUGACCUCGGGGCAUCUCUCCGCACAGAGAAUCCCUUUUCCUCAGCAUUUGGCUACUUUCCAACCCCAGACACUGACCCUUUCAGAGAUGACCCCCUUUCUAAGUCGCCGUCUCAGUCGGCGCCCGAUAAUUCACAAUUCUCCCAUCUCGCCACCUCUAAUCACCUUAACAGCAUCGCUGGCAACACUUGUAAGACAUUCAUUAACGGUGCUGUGAACGGAGAGUCGGAACACCUCAGUCAGCAGAUAAAUGGGUUAUCCAGUAAGAACAUGAUCCUCGCUCUCAAUAACGGACAGUGGCCACUAGGGGGACAAAUAACUCAGGGCAUGAUGGACGGGAAUGAAACUGCUCAAGCUCUCUCAACCAAAAACCCUUUUUUUGACUCGCCUUUGCAAACGGCCCCCGUCUCUAACGGUGUAAGUCAUCAUCCACAACCCCCUGUGACUCAUAGCAAGGAUUCAGUAGUCAUAAACCCCCCUCCGCAGAGCUCUAAGGCCGGACGAGGUCGAAGGAGUGCAAAGUCCACAGCAAAUGACCUGUUUGGAGCAGAGCUGUUUGCUGCUCCGGGUCAACCUGAAGUGUCACCUGCUUCAAGUGAUCUUUUCAACAGUGCACCUGCCAGCGCCGCUCCCUCCUCCAUAGCAGCUCUGGGAAAUCUUCAGUUAGGUCCUCCUGCUGCCACAAGUAUCCCUGCUGCAGGGAUGUGGGGAGCCUCCCCUACUCCUCCUUCCAUGUUCCCCAUGCCAGGAGUUCAAGGCCCCAGACCUGUCUACCAGCCUUCUGCCUUUGGUGGUCUACCCAUUCCCCCCACAGCCUGGGGCCAGCCCAUGCCACCUCAUUUUAUCCCGCCAUUGUCCCCACCUCACAUCUUUCCACCAAACUCCCCUGUCCCUUCUCCAGGAUGGGUUCAGACCAACCCUUUCCAACCUGGCAUGUACCCAGGAAUGGGUGACCCGCACGGUCCAUCACGCCCGCCUCCCAGACCGCCUGCAAAGGAGGCCCCUCCAAAGGUAGAGAACAGUGCCUUCACAGCUUUGGACCCGCUUGGAGAGAAAGAGAAGAAGACUGGAAAGGACAUGUUCAAGGAUUUCCAGCUGGCCAAACCUCCUGCCAUCCCAGCAAGGAAAGGGGAGCUGGGGUCCAACUCUGCUCCCGCCAGCAGCGACCAAGAAGCCGGUGCGUUUGAUCAGUACUUUUCCAGUAAAGUGGGGAUGGCUCAGGAUUCUGCAGAUCAUGACGACUUUGAUAUCCACCAAAUACAAGCAGCUAACGAUGUCCCUAAACCAGCUCCAGCUGCAGCCCCAGCUCCAAGCUUUAACUCUGGCUUCGAUGCUGCUUUUUCUUCUGCUCUUGUUCCAAACAACUCAGCACCAGCCCAAGGACAAGGAGUCAAUCAGGACAUGUUUGAUCAAGCGUUUGGAGCCCCAGAUGCAAGCCCUUUUGGAGUGGCAGCUGUAGCUAUGCAGCCUGCUCCUGUCGCUCAGACUUCUGGUUCAACAGCAGAUUUCGGAGAUCCUUUUGGAAACCCCUUUGCUUGAACAUGACUUUGAUAUGAAUUGAAAUGGCAUUAUUGGAGGGCAGUGAGUCCUUCACAUGGAAUAACAUCUCCAGGAUAAGCAGCUAGAGGCGCAAGACAAUCCAAAUGAUGAACUCCACAAAGUCUUGUCCCUGACCCACCCGUCUUCUACACCUCCACCUCUGAUGUUGUAUUUUUCCCGUCCAAUCAGUAGUUCUGUUAUUUCUAAAGACCACCGAUCGAAGAAGUAAAUGUAAAUGUCAUGAUCUGCUGAAGAAAGAAAGAAAUGUGGUGUAUUAGAGAAGCAUGUCCAAAGAGGUUCACCGCUAAUGUGUUAUGAAAUAAAGAAACUCAAUCAUAA